GUGGUAACCCGGAGUCUGCGGAAGUGUAGCUGCAGCGUGGCAGCUGAGACAGGUAACCUGCAGCUCCGGGUCAAGCAGCCGCUCCGGGUUAUGCGGACCCACGAGCUCUGGUGGGGUGAGCAGGGAAUUGAAAGUUGUGGAAAGAUAACGAGUGCCAGUGGGUGCUUCUCAUUUGGUAAACCAGCCGUUUGUGAUUCUGAACUACUAGAGGAGAUUAGAAGCUUCAGCUGAGAUUCAGCAAAACUACCAACUGCAGACUACACCAUGGACAUAAAGCUGGACCCUUCCCGGGAUGACCUGCCUCUCAUGGCCAACACCAGCCACAUGCUUGUGAAGCAUUACAUACUGGAUUUGGAUGUGGACUUUGGAAAUCGAGUCAUUGAGGGCAACAUAGUGCUUUUCUUUGGAGAUGGAAACAGAUUUAAAAAACAGUCGAGUUCCACCCAGGAAACCUCCCAGAUGGAGUCAGAGGAGGCUGACAUGUUUAGGACAGCUGAACCCUGCCAUGGUCCUGAGAUGGAUUCAAGUACCUUCUCACCUAAGAUGGGACAUAGAGAAUUUGCAGUCUGUAGUAAAGGUGAUCAAGAUGCCGCUGAUAACGAUGGUAACCAUGACAACCAGGAACAUGAUUCUGAGAUCUCUAGCUCAAAGUACUGCUGUGACACAGGGAAUCAUGGGCAAAAGGAUUUCUUGCUCGUGUUGGACUGCUGUGAUUUAUCUGUGCUAAAGGUAGAGGAGGUGGAUGUGGCUGCUGUGCCAGGCCUUGAGACAUUGACUAAAGCUCCAAAGCUCUUGGCUACUCCUGAGAAGCUCAGGCGUGAGAUUGUCCGUGACCUCGUGGCUCUGCCUGCAGGUGCUUGGAGGGAGCAGUUAGACUGCUACUCUCGUUGCAGCCAGGCUCCUGGCUGUGGGGAGCUCUUGUUUGACUCUGACAGUUGGAGCUUACAGAUCAGGAAGACCGGGACUCGGACAGCUGCUGACUUUCCUCAUGCCAUCAGAAUAUGGUAUAAAACUAAACCCGAGGGGCAGUCAGUGGCUUGGACCUCAGACCAGAAUGGCAGGCCAUGUGUUUAUACUAUGGGAUCCCCCAUCAACAACAGGGCCCUUUUUCCAUGCCAGGAACCACCCGUUGCCAUGUCAACAUGGCAGGCUACAGUUCGAGCAGCUGCAUCUUUUGUUGUUUUAAUGAGUGGAGAAAAUUCUGCCAAGCCCACACCACUUCGAGAAGGAUACAUGAGCUGGCAUUACUAUGUGACUAUGCCAAUGCCAGCCUCUACCGUGGCAAUUGCAGUGGGGUGCUGGACAGAAAUGAAGCCCAAGGCAUCCCCAUCAGACGAUCUGAUGACUGAGCAUGCUCUCCCCCUCCCACCAUCGGAAGCUGGCUUGAGGUGUGAUAGCACUUGCAGUCAUGUGGAAUACCCUUGCCGGUUCCAGAGUGUGUCUGCUGCCACCCAGGACAUCAUUCCGUAUCGAGUGUUUGCCCCAGUGUGCCUUGAGGGUGCCUGCCAAGAGGCCCUGCUGUGGUUGAUCCCUCCUUGCCUCUCAGCUGCACACUCUGUCCUGGGAACACACCCUUUCUCCCGGCUGGACAUUCUCAUUGUCCCCACCAACUUUCCAAGUCUGGGGAUGGCCAGCCCACACAUCAUCUUCCUCUCUCAGAGCACCUUAACGGGCACCAGCCAUCUCUGUGGGACCCGUCUUUGUCAUGAAAUUGCUCACGCCUGGUUUGGCCUAGCCAUUGGGGCCCGAGACUGGACAGAGGAGUGGCUCAGUGAAGGAUUUGCCACUCACUUGGAAGAUAUAUUUUGGGCUGAAGCACAGCAGCUGCCCCCCCAUGAGGCCCUGGAGCAGCAGGAGCUGAGGGCUUGCCUGCGCUGGCACCGCCUGCAGGAUGAGCUUCGGAACUCCCCAGAAGGAAUGCAGGUGUUAAGACCCAACAAAGAAGAGACUGGCCACGUGAGUGCUUCAGGUGCAUCUGUUAUCAAGCAUGGACUCAAUCCAGAGAAGGGCUUCAUGCAGGUUCAUUACUUAAAGGGCUACUUCCUUCUCCGGUUCCUAGCCAGAACACUCGGAGAGAAAAUUUACUUUCCGUUCUUAAGAAAAUUUGUGCAUCUGUUUCAUGGGCAGUUGAUUCUUUCUCAGGAUUUUCUUCAAAUGCUGUUGGAGAGCAUUCCAGAAAACAAAAGGCUCGGCCUGUCUGUUGAGAACAUCAUCCGCGAUUGGCUUGAGUGUUCCGGAAUACCUAAGGCGCUGCUGGAGGAGCGCAAGGCCGAGGACUGCUCGCGGAGUAGGCUCGCACAGCAAGUAGGCUCCGAGGUGGCGAAAUGGAUUCGAGUCAACCGCAGACCCCGAAAACGCAAACGAGGGAAGCGAGAAGCCGCCUUCGAAAAGCUUUCUCCAGACCAGAUCGUCUUGCUUUUGGAGUGGCUCUUAGAGCAGAAGACGCUGAGCCCUCAGACACUGCAUUGUCUCCAGCAGACUUACCAUCUCCAGGAGCAGGAUGCAGAGGUUCGCCAUCGAUGGUGUGAACUGGUUAUUAAGCACAAGUACACAAAGGCAUACGAUCAGGUGGAGAGGUUCCUACAGGAGGACCAGGCCAUGGGCAUAUACCUGUAUGGGGAGCUGAUGGUGAGUGAGGAUGCCGGACUGCAGCAGCUAGCCUACAGGUGCUUCGAGCUGGCAAAGGAACACAUGGACAGAGCGUCAGCCCAGGUGGUGACUGAAAUGCUGUUCUAAAGAGUUUGGAGAACAGAGGUGCCUUGUGGCUCUUUGGAAACAAAAGAAGCCAACAGCCUUCGAAGAUGCUCACCAGCCCUUUAAUUAUGGCCGGCGAUGACCUCUCUAACAAGGUGCAGAGCUUAGCUGAUUGGUGAACAGUGAUUGGUUUCCGCUUUGUUCACAGUGGCUAAGUUCUGCACCUGAAGAGAAGGUGAGAUGGGGACAGUUAACUUGCAGCUGCCAGGGACAGGCCACUGCCUGGUGGUCACUCCAGAGGAAGAGAGACCAGCCUGCCUCAAGGCUGUGUUGUCAAGAGUGCAAACUGCGUGCUGACCACCCUUAAGUGUGUCUACAGGAAAUACAGAUCUACUGCUAAUUAGUCCACUGUAAUGUCAAGUGUAUUGGGAGUCACCGAAAACUAAAACCAGAUGCAUCACAAAAGCUGAGCCAACCUUGUCUCUGCUGAUGCCACCCGUGAUGGAGUGGGGGGUGUGGUUCUGUUGUUCCUGCUGGGCGUGGUGAACUCUUUCUUGUAUUUGCAGUCCAGGUCUCCAUGUCUCCACAGUCGCUGGCAGGAUGAUGCCCAGGGCACGCCAGGAGGCACUGCCCAGCUGUGAUUGGACCCGCCCUCCGGUGCCUACUGAGCUGAUAUCAGUUCUCAUUUCACACACUGGCUCAGUUCAGCAGGAACAGGAGUCGAGCCCUUGAGCAAAAAGCCUACCCAUCUGUAAGUGCCUGAGGCAGGCCUCCCACGGAGAAGAAGAUGAAGGGCCUGAGUGUCUGGUACCAGACCCAACAGCAGUGGU